AUGGACGAACAUAAGAAAUUCCUCGCGGAUCGUCUGCUCAGCGAGGAGCGUCCGAUCACAUAUCGGCUCCUGAGUCGAGCUUUAGAUGUGCAUGUCAACACCGCAAAAGAGAUGCUCUACGACUUUCACAAUUACCAAAAUGCUCAAAAAACCAACUCCGUCCAUGCCACUUACCUCGUUUAUGGCACUAAAGCCCCCGAAAGCCAGCAGCCGGACGGUGACGUGGAAAUGUCAAGCUCAAUGCCCGAGGAGCCUCUAUCAGAUGAGGUCCCGACUUCUACCAUAACUCUUGCUCGAGAAGAGGAACUUAAAGAUACCUUGGCUGCAUACGAGAAAGUCACUUCAAUUCAUGUCUACAGCCUUGCACCUCAUCCCCAGAAGGACCUUACUCUCUUGUCAGACAUCACAACACAAUUGUCGGAGUAUUCUCUGGAAGACAUCGCGGCAGCAUCUAAGAAGUAUGGGUCUAUUGGUAACCCAAAUGCUCAACGGAGAGAGCGAAAGGGCCGAGCUCAAGCUUCUGCUCCAGCUCCCUCAAAUCCUGUCAAGAAAGUCACUUCUGCGCCAAAGUCGACAUCGUCUACAACCGUCAAGCAAGAAGCCCCAGCGUCAAAGCCAGAAACGAAGCAAACCAAGUCCAUUAAGCAGGAAUCUUCAGCGCCUUCAUCCAAAGAGGGCACACCCACUCCAAGUGGUGGAAAGAAGCCGGCACCAUCUCUGAAGAGGGGUGUGUCGGGUGGUAUUAUGCAAUCUUUCGCAAAGGCGGCCGCUCGACCAGCCAAGCCCAAAGCUGCACCCAAAAAGGAAGAAGACACAGUUAUGGCUCUGUCUGAUGAUGGUGAAGCGGACGAUUCUGAUAUUGUCGGCACCAGUUCAAAAUCCAAGCCUGUGGUCGACUCAGGGGACAUCAAACGGAAGCGACAAGAACGCGAGGAUGCGCUACGAAAGAUGAUGGAAGACGACGAUGAAGAUGAGAAGGAGGAAUCUGAUAAGGAGUCUGAGCAAGCUGAUGAAGAGAUGGAAGAAGCGCCAGAGCCUGAAGCUGAGCCUGAGCCCGAAAGUCAGAAGGAAGAAAAAGAGCCUGCUGAGAUGGUCUCAAGCACCGGCGAUGGACGAAGGAGGGGUAAGAGACGCGUGAUGAAGAAGAAGCGAAUUCUUGAUGAUCAGGGAUACAUGGUCACGAUUCAAGAGCCAGGCUGGGAGUCCUUCUCAGAAGACGAGGCACCUGCACCAGCUAAGAAGGCUGCGCCGACACCAACACCUUCAUCAUCCGCUGGAUCCAAGGCGAAAAAGGCUGCACCGAAGGGACAGGGGAACAUUAUGUCGUUCUUUGCCAAGAAAUAG